CCUGCGCACAAAACGUCACCGGUGCCACCUUUCCCGUCCCGCUCUCCAACCGCGCGGGGCUGAGUGGGCUUCCGCGACGCCCUCCGCUGUGAGGCGUUGGCGAUCCCUCAGCGCCUCGAGCUCAGCUGACUCGUCCUCCUUCGGCCAGAAACCCUCCUCCUGGGCCCGCGCGGGAGGAGCGGGGCCUCUGAGCGGAGCGGCGAGUCCGCCGGCCCCGGUCUCUUUCCCUGGCGGCGGCGGCUUCUUCCGUAGGACAAUAUGUUCAAGAGAAUGGCCGAAUUUGGGCCUGACUCCGGCGGGAGAGUGAAGGGGAUUACUAUCGUUAAACCAAUAGUUUAUGGUAAUGUUGCUCGAUAUUUUGGAAAGAAAAGAGAAGAGGAUGGGCACACCCAUCAGUGGACAGUAUAUGUAAAACCAUAUAGAAAUGAGGAUAUGUCAGCAUAUGUGAAGAAAAUCCAAUUUAAAUUACAUGAAAGCUAUGGCAAUCCUUUAAGAGUUGUUACUAAGCCUCCAUAUGAAAUUACUGAAACAGGUUGGGGUGAAUUCGAAAUAAUCAUCAAAAUAUUUUUCAUUGAUCCUAAUGAAAGACCUGUAACCCUGUAUCACUUAUUAAAGCUAUUUCAAUCAGACACCAAUGCAAUGCUGGGAAAAAAGACAGUGGUUUCAGAGUUCUAUGAUGAAAUGAUAUUUCAAGACCCAACAGCAAUGAUGCAACAAUUAUUAACAACAUCUCGUCAGCUUACCUUAGGAGCCUAUAAGCAUGAAACAGAAUCUUACAAGGCCUCAGAAUCCCCUACACAUCGUUUCAUGCAGCUGUUGCCAACCAUUUGCAGUUGUCAUUCAAGAUGAAAUCUACUUACCAACCCUGUGUUGACAUUUAUGUCACCAUUUAUUCGGUUCUUCCUUUGAUCUUUCAUUUAUUUGCUUACAGUAUAUAUUGAGCAACAGUAAGACACCAGGCAUUGUUCAGAGGAUAGAGCAGACAAAAGCCCUGCCCUCAUGGAGCUUACAUACUAGUGGAAAGAAGACAAAUAUUAAAUAAACAGAACAAUGAAGUGUGAAGUAGUGAUUGGAUGGCAUGAAGAAAACUAAAGCCGGGGAGAGAGUGCUUUUGGUGGGAGGAGAUGGUUAAGAGUUUUAAAUAUCAGGUCAGAGAAUGCUUCCUGAAAUGGUGGCAUUGGAGCAAAUACCAAAAGGAGUGGGGAACUGAGCCGUGCAGCCACAUGAGAGACGAAUGUUACAUGUAGAGCGGCCGCAAGGGCAGGAACCCUGAGGUAAGAGCCUGCCUGGCAUAUCCGAGGAACAGCAAGAAGGCCGGUGUGCCUGGAGCAGAGUGAACAAGGGGACAAGGAGUGGGACAUGAGGCCAAAGAAGUUAUUAUGGGACCAGCUUAUAUAGGGACUUUAGGUUAUUAAACUGAAGGAGAUGGGAAGUCUUUUGUGGGUUUUGAGCAGAAGAGUGACAGUAUAAGACUAAUAUUUUAAAAAGAUCAAUCACCCUGGUUGCUGUGUUGAGAAUAGACUGUAAAGCAGAAAGGGUAGGAGCAGAAUAGUUAGGAGGCUAUUCCAGUAAUCCAGAUACAGAAUUGUGUGUAGUACCAGAGUGAUAGCAAUGGAGGUGGUGAGAAGGGGUCAGGUUCUAUUUUGAAGAUAGGUACAGUAGGAUUUGCUGAUGGUUUGAUAAUAAGAUGUGAAAGAAGGAGAUGAACAAAGAAUGACUGUUAAGGUUUGGGGCCUGAGGAAACAAACAAAAAAAAAUUGUUGCUUUUCAUAGAGAUGGGAAGUCUGGGAGGGGCAGCUUUGAGGGGAAAGAUUAGGAGUACACUUUUGGACAUGAUGGAUGUGGGAUGCCUGUAAGACAUCUAAGUGGAGAUGUUGAGAAGGGAAUUGUACUCAAAGUCUGGUAUUCAAGGAGAGGUCUAGGCUGAAGAUAUAAAUGUGGAAGUUAAUAUACACAUGGAUUUAUAAAUUGUGAGGCCAAGUGGUAUCAUCACAAGAGUAAGUGAAGAUAGAAAAGAGGUUCAAGGAUUGAGCCCUGGGCACUCCAACAUUUAGAGAUUAAGGAGAUGACCAGCAAAGGAAUUAGGAAAGAACAGUGAGUGUGGAGGGAGAAAAACUAGGUGCACAUAAUAUCCUAGAGCCAGGUGAAGAAAGUGUAUCAGGAAAUAGUCAUUAGCUGCGUUCAGUACCUCUGAUAGGUCAAGUAAGAUCAGAGCCAAGAAAUAGGCUAUAGCAAGGUGGAGGUCCUUGGUGACCUUAACAGGAGCAGUUGAAGGAGAAUAGUAAGGACAGAAGAUCAGUUGAAGUGGAUCAAGAGAGAAUGAGAUGAGGGAGUUCCCUGGCGGUCCAGUGGUUAGGACUUGGCACUUUCACUGCCGUGG